AUGUUUUACCAUAUUUCUUUAGAACAUGAAAUAUUACUACAUCCCCGAUAUUUUGGACCACAAUUACUCGAUACCGUCAAACAGAAGCUUUACACUGAAGUAGAAGGAACAUGUACAGGAAAAUAUGGUUUUGUCAUUGCAGUAACAACAAUAGAUAGUAUAGGUGCAGGUCUUAUUCAGCCGGGUCAAGGCUUUGUUGUAUAUCCUGUCAAGUACAAAGCGAUUGUAUUCCGGCCUUUCAAAGGAGAGGUACUCGAUGCAAUAGUUACUCAAGUGAAUAAGGUUGGAAUGUUUGCUCAAAUUGGACCUCUCAGCUGUUUUAUCUCACAUCAUUCAAUUCCUGCUGAUAUGGAGUUUUGUCCGAAUGUGAAUCCCCCUUGUUACAAGAGUAAACAGGAAGAUAAUGUCAUACAGGAAGAGGAUGUCAUUCGGUUAAAGAUUGUGGGCACUAGGGUUGACGCAACGGGUAUUUUUGCCAUUGGGACACUCAUGGACGACUACUUAGGCUUAGUUACACAA